ACCGGGACGGGACCAGGACGGGUCCGCCAUGCGGGUCCGCGUGCGGAGCUGGCACGGGGUCGCGUCCUGGCUCUGGGUGGCGAACGACGAGAACUGCGGCAUCUGCCGGAUGGCCUUCAACGGCUGCUGCCCUGACUGUAAAGUGCCCGGCGACGACUGCCCGCUGGUGUGGGGACAGUGCUCGCACUGCUUCCACAUGCACUGCAUCUUAAAGUGGCUGAACUCGCAGCAGGUGCAGCAGCACUGCCCCAUGUGCCGCCAGGAGUGGAAGUUCCGCGAGUGACGGCGGCACCGGGAACGGGGGGGGGCCCGGUCCCGGCCCCCCGCGGGCCCGCCCAACAACCGCACUGCCGCCGCUCGCGUGGCCGUGUGCGCCGUCCCGGGGCUGCAGGGGCGGUGGCGCCGCCGCACCGGGGGCGGAUGUCAGCGUGUCCUGGGACCCCGUGGAGUGCGCGGUGGCCUGAGCUGGCACUGGUGGUUCUGGGGAAACAAUAAACAUACUUGGGCUGGC